CCUGAAGAAACAUAGAACGGUGAGGCCGCCGGCGGCUUCAAUUUUUCAUUUUCGUCGCUCUUAAUUCCAGGGGAAGUGGACCGAAGCUUAUAUCUUUUGGCUGCAGGACUUUCUUGAAUUUUUUAGUCAAAUUGGUUUAAUUGUAUUGUCUCUUACUGGCAGGUUUCACCAAAAGACUGAAACGAUGACCCGUGUGUACGUUGGUAACUUGGAUUCGAGAGUUACUGAGAGAGAUCUUGAAGAUGAAUUUCGUGUAUUUGGGGUUAUACGGAGUGUCUGGGUCGCACGGAGACCACCUGGUUAUGCCUUUAUUGAUUUUGAUGACCGCAGAGAUGCGCAAGAUGCCAUUCGUGAAUUAGACGGUAAGAAUGGUUGGAGGGUGGAGCUUUCUCACAACUCUAAAGGGGGAGGUGGCCGUGGUCGCUCUGGUGGCUCUGAUUUGAAAUGUUAUGAGUGUGGUGAACCUGGUCAUUUUGCUCGCGAAUGUCAUAUGCGUGGUGGUUCAGGAAGACGACGUAGCCGCAGUCCACCUCGAUACCGCAGGAGCCCUAGUUAUGGGCGGAGGAGUUACAGUCCUCGUGGGGGUAGGUCCCCUAGCCCUAAGCGCCGCAGUUUGUCACCUCGUGGACGCAGCUAUAGCAGAUCACCUCCUUACCAAGGACGUGAGGAUCUACCAUGUACAAAUGGAAAUGGAGUAAGGGAACGGCACCGCAGUAGAAGCUGAUUUAUGAGAACUUGGAGUUGCCAUUGUUAAGAGGAUAAGGAGAUUUUGUUGAUUUGGUGUGCUCAGAUUGCAGUACGAGUUUGUUUAAUCAGGCAACGCCCUGUGCUUCUACUCUUAGAUUGGAUUAAUUACUUUGUAGAAUUUUCUAGGUUAUGUUCUAUUAUGUAUGCUGAGUACUUUUAGUUUCCGUACAGGUAAAAGUGUCUUUUCAAGGUAGUUGUUUCUCACCUGUUGAAAAAGUUUCAUAUUUCUGCCAAAACUUAUGCUCUAUUUUUCCCCGUGUUGAGGUGUCUUCUGGUACUGCUACAUUGAUUUUGUGCGUUGAUGGGACAUGAUUCUUGGCUCCCCUUCUUUGGGAUCUUCAAUUUUUGAAUGGUUGGGGGUCCCAGCCGGCUGCUUGCUUCUGUUUCAUUUAGUCUCUCCCCACUUGUGAUGUGUGCGCCUCAAACUCUAAUGGUUUUAAUUAUAACUUCAAAAAGGGUUGACGGGCUGCAUCAAAUACUUCUGGCAGGUACUUAUGUUCUACGGAAGUGGGUUUUGGGCUUUUCUUCCACGUGAAAAGAAAUCUAGAUGAUCUGGAUUGAAAGUAAAGUUCAGCUAGGAUUUAAGACUCAAUUGCAUUGUUGAUUAAGCCGAAUUACUGUUCUUUUCUGAAGCAUUCCACAUCUUGCAGUGAUUAUUCCCCAAAGGAAAAAAAAAUGAAAGAAAAGGAAGAAAGAAAUUAAAGAAGGAACCCCUCGACCUUUGAUUUUUGUAUCCAUCUUUUGGUUUCUACAAUACAUUAGUUUGGAACUGCAUGGCUUCUGUCCAAAAAGUGGAACUGCAUGGCUAAGCAGCUGCUGGUCAGGCAUAUGGUUCAACCCUCAGAUACUGAAAGUUCUCACACUCCCCCACCCUUAAUUAUGUGGUCCUGGAUUAGAUUAUUUUGGUUGCCUGACCUUUGGUGACUGUUUGUUAGCUUUGCUAAGGUACGUUAAUAUUGCUUGAAGCUUUCGCUGAUCCUGAGAGGGAGGCAAGUGUUAGCUUUACUAGUUAUAGUAUAAAGAGCAUUAGAUUGUGGUUCUCUGUUGGAUGAAUUUGGACAUCCAAUUUGGUUUUUGAUUUGAUUCAUGCAUGGGACACAUUUCUAGUAUAAGCUGGGAAUUACUGCUGGUUUUUCCGGUGCUUCUCUUUUGACACAUCUCUUUUCAAGUUGGUUGAUGCUAAGAUACAUUGUUUAGGUUACCUAAUUAACAAUGAUUUGUAAUCUGUUUUCAUCUCAGCGUGCCCCUCUUAUUAUUAUUA